CAGCGUCGUCCAUGGCAAAGCGACGGAUAUAAGCGCGCUCUUCCUUCCUUCCUUCUUUCCUUCCCUCCUUUUUUUUUUCUUUUUUUUUUCUUUUAAACUCUCCCCUCUGUCAAUUUCUUAUCUCGGACCUGCUCACGCGCAACCCGAAAGCCUGCACCAUCAUGCCCAUCAUGCCCAUGCUCGGCCGCCUGUGGACUCUAUUCUGCCUCCGCGCGUGCUUUUACGCGAGCGCCGGAUUUGCGCAGAGCGCCAGAGAGGUGAUCCUGCUGGACUCGAAGGCGCAGCAGACCGAGAUGGAGUGGGUAGCGUCUCCUCCAAACGGGUGGGAAGAGAUCAGUGGGCUGGAUGAGAACUUCAUCCCCAUUCGCACGUAUCAGGUGUGCCAGGUGAUGGAACCGAAUCAAAACAACUGGCUUCGGACUAACUGGAUCGAAAAGGGCGAUGCUCAGAGGAUUUUCGUGGAGCUGAAAUUCACCCUGCGGGACUGUAAUAGCCUGCCUGGCGUGGUCGGGACGUGCAAGGAAACGUUCAACUUGUACUACCAGGAGACGGACGCCGAGAUGGGCAGGAAUAUCCGCGAGAGCCAGUACACGAAAAUAGACACCAUCGCAGCCGACGAGAGCUUCACGCAGGGCGAUCUGGGAGAGAGAAAGAUGAAGCUGAACACGGAGGUGCGCAUCAUCGGGCCGCUCUCGCGCAGAGGCUUCUACUUGGCCUUCCAGGACGUCGGUGCGUGCAUCGCUCUCGUCUCGGUCAAAGUUUACUACAAGAAGUGCUGGUCCAUCAUCGAGAACCUGGCCACGUUCCCGGACACAGUGACGGGAUCGGAGUUUUCCUCGCUCGUCGAGGUCGAAGGGACGUGCGUCACUGACGCCGAAGAGGAGGCCGACAACUCUCCCAAGAUGCACUGCAGCGCCGAGGGCGAGUGGCUUGUCCCGAUCGGGAAAUGUAUCUGCAAAGCCGGAUUUCAUCAGAAAGGAGACUCGUGCGAACCCUGCAACCGUGGCUUCUUCAAGUCUUCAUCGCAGGACCUACAGUGUUCGCGCUGUCCUACUCACAGCUAUAAUGACCGAGAAGGUUCCUGGAAGUGUGAAUGUGAGGACGGCUACUUCCGAGCACCCUCAGAUCCUCCCUCCAUCGCCUGCACAAGACCUCCUUCAGCGCCUCAGAAUCUGGUCUACAACAUCAACCAAACCACCGUAACCCUCGAGUGGAACCCUCCGGCUGACUUAGGCGGCCGCGACGAUCUCACCUACCGGAUCGUAUGCAGGAGGUGCAGCUGGGAACCGGAGGAGUGUGUGCCGUGCGGAGGGAACGUGGCGUACACACCACAGCAGAGCGGUCUCACGGAAACCUCCGUCACCAUCAGCGAGCUGCUGCCACACGCCAACUACACUUUUGAGGUGGAAGCCGUGAACGGCGUCUCGGACCUGAGCCGGACGCAGAGACUCUUUGCCGCCGUCAGCAUCGCCACCAGUCAGGCUGCUCCGUCUCAGGUCAACGAGGUGAUUAAGGAGCGCGUACAGGAGCACAGCAUCCAGCUCUCAUGGCAGGAACCCGAGCAGCCCAAUGGAGUCAUCACCGAAUAUGAGAUCAAGUACUAUGAGAAGGACCAGAAGGAUCACGUCUACUCAACAGUCAAGUCCAAGUCCACAUCGGCCACGGUAAACAACCUGAAGCCCAGCACGGCGUACGUGUUCCAGAUCAGAGCGUUCACCUCGGCUGGAUACGGCAUGUUCGGUUCCAGGCUCGAGAUCACCACGAAGGACGAGUCGUCAGGAGCUGCCACGAUUGUGUCAAGCGAGCAGAACCCAGUCAUCAUCAUCGCCGUGGUGGCAGUAGCCGGCACCAUCAUCCUGGUGUUCAUGGUGUUCGGCUUCAUCAUCGGGAGAAGGCACUGCGGCUACAGUAAAGCCGACCAGGAAGGAGACGAAGAGCUUUACUUCCAAUUUAAAUUUCCAGGCACCAAAACCUACAUCGACCCCGAAACCUAUGAAGACCCCAACAGGGCCGUGCAUCAGUUCGCCAAGGAGCUGGAUGCCUCAUGCAUUAAGAUCGAAAGGGUAAUCGGUGCAGGGGAGUUUGGCGAAGUGUGCAGCGGUCGCUUGAAGCUUCCUGGGAAGAGAGACGUUCCCGUCGCCAUCAAAACUCUGAAAGUGGGCUACACGGAGAAGCAAAGGCGGGACUUCCUGUGCGAAGCAAGCAUCAUGGGACAGUUUGACCAUCCCAACGUGGUCCACCUAGAAGGCGUGGUCACCAGAGGGAAGCCAGUCAUGAUCGUCAUCGAGUACAUGGAGAACGGCGCCUUGGAUGCCUUCCUCAGGAAGCAUGACGGGCAGUUCACGGUGAUCCAGCUGGUCGGUAUGCUGCGUGGCAUCGCCGCUGGCAUGCGCUACCUCUCAGAUAUGGGCUACGUGCACCGGGACCUGGCGGCGCGCAACAUCCUCGUCAACAGCAACCUGGUGUGUAAAGUGUCCGACUUUGGCCUGUCGAGAGUGAUCGACGAUGACCCUGAGGCUGUCUACACGACCACGGCCAAGAUGCAGGCUGUAAUGAAUUUGAUGUUUACCCCAGCCACUGACGUGCAUUUUACUGAACAGGGUGGAAAGAUCCCGGUUCGGUGGACAGCCAUGGAAGCCAUCCAGUACCGUAAAUUCACAUCAGCCAGCGACGUGUGGAGUUACGGCAUUGUCAUGUGGGAGGUCAUGUCCUACGGCGAACGGCCAUACUGGGACAUGUCGAAUCAAGACGUCAUCAAGGCUAUCGAAGAAGGCUACCGUCUUCCGGCACCCAUGGACUGCCCUCCAGGACUCCACCAGCUCAUGCUGGACUGCUGGCAGAAGGAGCGAGCUGACCGGCCCAAAUUCGACCAGAUAGUCGCCAUUUUGGACAAGAUGAUCCGCAAUCCCAGCACGUUGAAAACGCCAGUGGGAACAUGUACAAGGCCCAUCAGUCCGCUGCUGGACCAGAGCCCGCCAGACUUCAGCUCGUUCCGCUCGGUGGGCGAGUGGUUGGAAGCCAUUAAGAUGGAGAGAUACAAAGACAACUUCACAGCAGCCGGCUACAGCUCACUCGAGUCCGUGGCGAGGAUGACUAUCGAGGACGUGAUGAGUUUGGGAAUCUCGCUCGUGGGCCAUCAGAAGAAAGUCAUGAGCAGUAUACAGACUAUGAGAGCUCAGAUGCUGCACCUGCACGGCACAGGCUUCCAGGUGUGACGGACGGUCGCCGGGAACCGCCCCCUGGGAGCGGGGCGGGAACUUAGAAGAUAGUGCGGCUAAUCCCCGCAAAAUAAAAUAAAUAACACUAAUAAAAACCACACGACGCCUCUCUCGAAAUGGUGACUGUUCCAGAAGCUGUGGAGACAAGGACUUGUUUCUUCGUUCUCUGGACAAGGACAUGAAGUGAAUGUGCUGAAUCAAUGAAUGUGUGAAAGGAAAAAAAGGAAGGAGAGAAUACUACCUGGAAACACGUCAGUGGAGAGACAGAGCGUUUUCUAGCAAUUUGAUGCUUUUUAACUUUUUUUUUCCCCUUUCCCCCUGCUCAUCGUCGAUAUUGACUUCACUAGAAUAUGGAUAUUUUUUACAAAAAUAAUGGACAAAAAAAAAUGCACAAAGUAAUCAAAUCCAAUCCAUACAAACAGAUUUCCUUUUCUUUUCUGAUAUGCUCCAGUGGGGACAUUUACAUCUUUAACCAACGCCACUUUUCCCAAUUCCUUUAAGUUUGACGGUUUGCCUUAUUCGAUUUUAAAGUGUGGAUUUGACAACAGGGUAACAAGUUGCCACCGUAGGCAGCAGGGCAGAAGCACGGGCCUCAGUAGGGACAUAACUUCUGCUUCUUUGCUCGUAGCGAGUCGGAACCUCACAGUAUUUUCUCUUCACCCGACUCCUCCGCAUUCGCGGUCUUUCAGGAGUGUUCGUUGCGAGUGCACAUCAAUGUGGCCGCCGUACGGAUAGCCGAGUUUUAUGACUUGGCUGAAAGAUAUGAACUUCAAGAACCACUUCUUGACAACAAGUUCUACAGUUCCAAUAUUAUUGUUUUUUGAACACUUGAAUGCAUCUUAUUUUAUUUUAUUCCCCCAUUCUGUCACCUGCCGUUUUUUUUUGUGUGUGUGUUUUUUUUUUUUUUCAUGAGGUGUCUCCACGUAGAUAGCACUAUUGAAGACAGUAUUUAAUAUAAAAAUGGUUCAAUCUAAAGUUAACUGUUUGGCGCUUUUUUUUUUUGGCAGAUCUUUCCGCAAAUCAGUCUCGUCAGCUCUGAGUUAAACUGAUAUUACCUUCAAACCUUAGAGGCGAAUAUAGACUCGAGGUACUUCUUCGGAUGAAUAAUUCUCAAUCUUUUUUUUUUUUGAACAGGAAUCGAAUUCUUUUUCUUUUUUCUUUUUUUUUUUUUGCAGAACAUGCUUGUUCUUGCGAGGUUGUGGGAACUAGGUAAAGUAGAUGUAGACCGAAGGUCAUAUAUAAAUAUAUAUGAGUCUGGAAGUGAUGGAUCAGUCAGAGCAAUAACUUACCGAGAUGGUUCUUCUUUGUGAUAUUAAGGUGCUAUGUAGAUUUUUACCAUUUUGGCUCGUCGGCUAAUCACGGCAGAACUUAGGAAAGGGAAAGAUGUUGGAGAUGAUGAUGUAUAUCUGGGUUUCCUCUCUUUUCUGGGCAGCGGGGUAAUCGAAAAACCACAAGAAUGUACUUUUUGUGUGUGUGUAUGUGUGUGUGUGUGUGUGUGUUCCUUCUUGAUUAGAGAGCUCAAAGAAAGAGGAAUUCGCUUUCUCAAACAUGCGGUUCAAACCAGUUUCUCCGUGCCAUCACAUGCUGGUCAGUGCUGGAAUCAUUCCCAGGAUCGCACACGAAUCACCAGUUCCGCUUGUUUUUUUUUUUUAUCGAGUUUAAUUUCUACUGGAUUUUAUGGCUGCCCUAAAAUUAUACAGGAAGAAUAACCAUACUAAAAUGAUUAUAAACUUGCAAAAUGGGUUUUAUUCGUUUGGGGUUUGGCUCCAAAAGUAAAUAAAUAAACAAACAAACAAACAGAAAACACAUGCAGUGUUGAGUCCAGAUGUUAAUUUUAAAAAGCCAUUUCUGAAAUAACAUGUUGUUCUGUCCAUUGUGCUCUGGUGUAAAAGCCCUGACCCCAGGCGAUGUGUGUGUGCGCGCGCGCUCUUGGAUCAGAUGAUGCCCCUAUCUCCGCUCCAUUGCGCUGGCCUCAGCACUGGAUCAGCUCCAGCCCUUUUUUGUUUCCCCAAUCGAAUAUGAGUGGAAAGGCUUUUGGUCAGCACAAACCACUCUGGCUCUCAUGCAAGCGGCGUAUUUUCUCCUCACAAAUUGUAAACACUUGCAUAGUUUCCUCCUCUCAUUUCUCUCUCUCUCUCUCUCUGUCUCUCUCUUUGUCUCAGAGCCCACUCCAGCCUUUAGGGCCAGCCAGUUUGAGAUUAACGCCAGGGUUCAAUCGAUUCUCAUUGGAGGACAUCGCGACGCUUCAAUCACAAAUCUGCUGUACUUUUUAAUGCUCGACAGUAGGACGCGGGUUUGGACAUGGCCCGUACUCUUCAUUGAAUCUUGGCCUAUACAGUACCUUGCAAAAGUAUUCAUCCCCCUUGGUGUUUGUCCUGUUUUGUCACAUAACA